AUGUCCGGGCUGGAAGUGAUUGGCGCCAUCUCCGCCGUCAUCGGUAUCGUUGAUGCCUCGAUCAAAAUCUACGAGAGCGCACAGAAAGACGUGAAGCUGUCCGACACCUUCCAUAUUGUAGGCCGACGGCUUCCCAUCGUCCUUGACACUCUCCAGACCUGCAAGACCCACCUACAACCGAUCCGAGACUCCUUGCCUGCGGAUGUGUGCGCAGCCUUAGAGAAGAACCUGGAAGGAUGCGAUGAAAAGGCGAGAAAAUUGAGCAAAUCUUUGAAAAGGUUCUACCUGGAGGAAAUGGGCAACAAGGCGGAAGAGCUGAUGGUGUCGAUCACGGAAGACGUUCAACUGGUGGUCAACCAUCAUGCGGCCAAGUCUGCCAGACCGGAGCAAAUGGCGGAGCUAGAGAAGAUCGUCCAAGAGAUGAAGUUGACGCGGUCGUCGCUGCCCGAGGAGGAGGGCCCAUGGAUGACAUUCAACAGUCAGGGCGGGGCGCAGACGAACAACGUCAAUAGCGGCAGCGGGCAACAGAUUAAUAAUAAUGCGGGCGUGGGAACUCAGAAUUUUGUUAUCAGACAGAAGGCGGGUUUGAGCUUCCAAAAUCCUGUCGGACUCUGCCUCGGCCAGGUACCUUAUAUCAACACGGAACUCUUCAUUGGACGAGAGUCUGAGAUUACCCAAAUGCGAGAGAUUCUGCGACCCGGUGACUUGUCUUCAGAACAGCGACGGCUAAUACCUGGGGGGACGGGUGGGAUGGAUAAGACGCAGGCCAUCGCGUUCGCGAAGCGCCACCAGCAUGAAUACGACUCAGUGUUCUGGCUCAAUGCAGCAUCCGAGGCUACGCUCAAGGACAGUUUCCGGCUCGUGGCCGAGGCCAUCUUUGAUAUCCAAGACGCGCAAGUGCUGCAGGAUGAGCAGAGCCUCAUCCAGAUACGGCGAUGGUUGUCCGACGAGAAGAAUAUCCGAUGGCUGCUCAUCUUCGACAACCACGAUGACCCAGAUCGGUACCUAGUUGAACGAUAUUAUCCAUAUGUCGCUCACGGGCCGUUCAUCGUGACGACUCGGCGGCCGGAUCUCGUGGCGGGGUCGGAGCUUCGCCUGCAGUCUCUCCAGAGCGUGAAAGAAAGCCUCGACAUCCUAGAGACACGGUCUCGGCGGGAAAAUGUCAAGUUUGGCAAGUAUAUUCAUGCGCGGCGGCUGGCCGAGCGACUCGCUGGCCUCCCCCUAGCCUUGGCCACCGCCGGGGCCUAUCUUCGCCGAUGCGCCUUCACUUUUGAGCGGUACCUCGAGGAGUAUGAGCAGCACUGGAAUAUUGACCCACGACGACCCCUUCCACUCCAGAAGUAUCAGGAACGCACACUCUACACCACAAGGGAUGUCUCACACACCCGCCUCCAAGGCGAAGACGCGGACGCGGCGAAGUUGUUGGGCUUGCUGGCAUACUUUGGCAAUCGACGGCUCUGGUACGAGCUGUUUCGGGCGGGGCUCUCCGACGACGCAGCGCCGUGGCUGUACGAAGUGAUUUCCAGGGAUGUCGAGUUCGAGAGCACGGUGAGAAAGCUGACGAGCUACUGCUUCCUGGAAGUACAGACGGCGGUGGCGUCGUGGAGCAUGCACACGUGCGUGCACGACUGGACGUUAGCGGCUCUCAACGAGGUGGUGGAUGAGAGGCAGUAUUGGUACACUUUCGAUUGUGUGGGAGCAUCCAUUGAACAAGAAGACAUGCGCUACGGUUAG